UAAGUUUCCGCUGUCGAGCACAAUGCUUGUGUUCCGGUUUAUUGUUUUGUAUUCCCUUGGAUUACUCAGCAUUGGCGUUCUAAGUGAGCUUUGUGAUAAUGGCACGGGACAGUGUAAGGAGUUAACCGAUACCGACUGUCCAUUUAUAUUCUAUAAUCAGCAUUUGAUUGGUGCCGAUGUUAAGUAUUGCGAUGAAUACAAUGAUAUUGUAUGCUGUCCUUUGCCAUUAAAUUAUCAAAUGCAACAAAAUGUAAAUGCGACCAGACCAUAUGAGAAGGAAUGCAAACGUUAUAAUGAAGUGCGGACGAGUUGUCGUUCCACACCCUUUAUUGUUGGCGGCACCAAGGCCGAGGGUAAGGAGUUCCCCUUUAUGGCUUUGAUUGGCAUUCAAGAUUAUGCUCGCACACACAUUAAUUGGGAUUGUGGUGGCUCCUUAAUACAUCCCAAGUAUGUUCUGACCGCCGCUCAUUGUCUGGAGACCACUGAAACGAAAGCAGAACGUUUGGAUCCCAAUUUUGUUUCACCAAAAUAUGUCAUACGUCUGGGAGAUUUGGAUUACAAUAGCACCACAGAUGAUGCACGUGUACAGGACUUUAAAGUGGUUAACUAUGUAGUGCAUCCAGCCUACGAUGAGGACGGUGAUGAUGGUAUAUUUAAAAACGAUAUAGCCAUCAUGGAGUUGGACAAAGAGGCAACAAUUGAUGACUAUGUGGCACCUGCUUGUUUACCUCCAAGCAGUGGCAAUGAAAUUGUUCAACUAACAGCUGCAGGCUGGGGUUUCACCCAGGAUAGAGGCAACAAAUCAUCACACUUAUUGAAAGUUAGCCUAGAACGUUUCACCGAUGAUCUAUGCGGAGAUCGGCUGGAACUUGAAAUCGAUACGCGUACACAAUUCUGUGCAGGCUCGUCCACAAGUGAGGCAGACACUUGCUCUGGUGACUCUGGUGGUCCUAUUUUUGUUCAACAUCCGCAAUAUUCAUGUCUCAAACUGGUUAUAGGAAUAGUUUCCUAUGGUCAGGUUUGUGGCACCAAAGGAUUGCCUAGUGUGUAUACCAAAGUCCAUCUCUAUACCGAUUGGAUAGAGAGCAUUGUCUGGGGUGAAUGAGAAACAAUUGAAAAUUAA